CUGCCCGGCCGUGUACUGUGGACUCGCCGUUGUUGCUGUUGCUUGGCUCCUCUCUUCUCCCACUCCCUCGCGAACUCGAUCGCUUGCUGCCUUUGCUGGCCUUGGCAACCGCCGCAUGGCGGCCUCCGGCGUGAAGCGGCCACCGAGGCCGGCCCCGGCCUCCUCCGGCGUAAGGAAGCUCAUUCUAGCUCUGGCCGUGUUCUUGCCGGCGCUGCUGUACAGUCAGCUCCAGCCUCCGCCUCCGAAGAUCUGCGGCUCCCCGGGUGGCCCUCCGAUUACAGGGACAAGAACACGGCUCAAAGACGGUAGGUAUUUGGCCUACCUGGAGUCCGGCGUUCCAAAGGAGCAGGCCAAGUACAAGAUCAUCUUUGUUCAUGGUUUCGACUCGUGCAGAUACGAUGCACUCCCUAUUUCCCCGGAGCUGGCGCAAGAGCUGGGCAUUUACCAGCUGUCCUUCGAUCGGCCGGGGUACGCCGAGAGCGACCCAAACCUGGCAAGUACAGAGAAGAGCAUCGCCCUGGACAUCGAGGAGCUCGCCGACAACCUGCAGCUGGGCCCCAAGUUCUACCUCAUGGGCUUCUCCAUGGGCGGCGAGAUCAUGUGGAGCUGCCUCAAACACAUCUCACACAGGCUCGCCGGGGUGGCCAUUCUUGCCCCCGUGGGCAACUAUUGGUGGUCCGGCUUGCCGUCGAACAUGUCGUGGCACGUCUGGAACCAGCAGCUCCCGCAGGAUAAGUGGGCGGUCUGGGUCUCACACCACCUGCCAUGGCUCACCUACUGGUGGAACUCCCAGAAGCUCUUCCCUGCCUCCAGCGUCAUCGCCUACAACCCGGCUCUCUUCUCUGAAGGAGACAAGCUCCUCCUGUCCAAGUUCGCCUUCCGAACCUACAUGCCGCAGAUAAGGCAGCAGGGGGAGUAUGGCUGCCUGCACCGCGACAUGACAGUCGGAUUCGGGAAGUGGAGCUGGAGCCCACUGGAGCUCGAGGACCCGUUCGCCGGCGGCGAAGGGAAGGUGCACCUGUGGCACGGCGCCGAGGAUCUGAUCGUGCCGGUCAGCCUGUCCAGGUACCUCAGCGAGAAACUCCCCUGGGUCGUCUACCACGAGCUCCCCAAGUCCGGCCACAUGUUCCCUCUCGCCGACGGGAUGGCCGACACCAUCGUCAAGUCGCUGCUGCUCGGGGAUCAGCCACCUCAGGCCUCCUGAUUCGAACUCCUCUAGUGUGCUUUUCCCGUCCUUCAUUAAGUACAUAUUGCUGGCCCUGAUAGUUAAUGAGCUGGUCGUCAGCUCGUGGUGACUUAAUAAGAUUUCCCAAUUUAGGAUGAUUGAGAAAUUUGCCGGAUUUCUACACUUCUGCCCGAGACUGUUCUUCCCCACCGUGUUUGAACCGCGGCCUGUGUAACUCUAAGUUCAAGUUCGUUAUGGGCUAAUCGCAUUAGGAUUGCGUUUCGUUUUCGUUUGGACCGAGAAACUAUGGCCCAUAAGGCUUGGUCUGGUCGGGUUGCUUAGGCACAACUAGAAAUAAGUCCACUUUAACUCCCACAAAUAUAGGUCCAAUCUAAUUUGUAUUCCUCAACUGCAAUCUGAUUAUUAAAAUCAGUGUAUUUUGACUU